UGGCUGGGCAGGGGACGCUGGCCCGGGCCCGAGACUCUGACACCUGGGUGCUGUUUUGGUUCCUCUCAGAGAGAAGCAACCUGGCUGGGGUGCGGCACAUCGUGCUGGUGCUGUCGGGGAAGGGCGGCGUGGGGAAGAGCACCAUCUCCACCCAGCUGGCUCUGGCGCUGCGGCACUCGGGGAAGAAGGUGGGGAUCCUGGAUGUGGACCUGUGUGGCCCCAGCAUACCCCGCAUGUUCAGGGUGCAGGACAACAACGUGCACCAGUGCGACAGCAGCUGGGUCCCCGUCUUUGUGGACCAAGACAAGAGCAUCUCACUCAUGUCCAUCGGGUUCCUGCUGGAGAAGCCAGAUGAUGCUGUGGUGUGGAGAGGACCCAAGAAAAACGCUUUGAUCAAACAAUUUGUUUCUGACGUGGCCUGGGGGGACCUGGACUUCCUCAUCGUGGACACACCGCCAGGCACAUCCGACGAGCACAUCUCCACCGUGGAGGCUUUGAGACCCUACAAACCCCUCGGAGCAAUCCUGGUCACAACACCCCAGGUAGGGCAGCUGGCUGGGGCUGGACUGGAGUUCCUGGGCAGGCUGCUGCCUCCAG